CUUCACCAUUAUAAUUGGUUCCUGUUACUUUUCUGACGUAAAUAAUCCAUAUUUUCUAAAUACUUGAGCCACUUGAACUGAUUUAGUUUAGUUGACUAGUCAUUUCUUUGGAGAACCAUUCUACAAGUUUAUUUCCAAAAUGCCGGAAGAAAGAUUAGUCGUAAUCGACACGGAUGCCGGCUUAGACGACGCUCUGGCCCUAUUCAUAUCUUUACGAGCUCAUAAACAGGCCGAUAUCGCGUGGCGAAUCCUUGGCAUCACUUGCGUUCACGGGAACACUGCUCUGGAUAACGUCUGCGUUAAUGUGACCAGGGUCGUAGAGGUCGCCAAGCUCAGCGAUGAGAUUCCAAUUUUCCGUGGAGCGGACAGACCGCUGGUGUAUCGAACUGAGAAAAGGUCGUCUUUCUACCAUGGAACUGACGGCUUUGGUGAUGCUGAUUUUUCAAAAAUUGAACCAAGGAUUGAACAUGAACACGCUGUUCAUGCACUUGUCCGUUUAGCACAUGAAUAUGAAGGGAAGCUGACCAUCAUAGCAAUCGGGCCGUUGACCAACAUUGCAUUAGCAAUUAAUAUGGAUCCAACGUUCAGUCAGUCGAUCAAAGAGCUGUGCGUCAUGGGUGGAAACGUUUGGGGAGUCGGAAAUAUCAGAGCUUGUGCAGAAUUUAACUUUUGGGCGGAUCCUGAAUCUGUCCAUGUCGUUUUGGAAAGUCCUUGGAGACAACCAAUCCUCCUCAUACCGUGGGAAACGUGCAAAAUAGAGGCCAAAAUGCCACUCGAAUGGCGAACGGACGUAUUGGGAAAGGUGACGUCGAGUGAAGCUGACAUGAUGAAUGCGAUUGAAGAAAAAAUUUUGUCUCGAAAUACAAAAAUCCAUGAUGGCUGGGUGUCCUGUGACGCUCUUGUCCCUGCCGUUAUGCUCAGCUCAAAAAUAACUAUGGAAGUUCAGAGUCACUUUUGUCGAAUUGAACUGAAUGGAUUUCAUACUCGUGGACAAUUGGUGUUGGAUCGGCCCAGACUUUCUGGAGAAGAGGACAACGUCUUGGCAGUGACCAAGAUUGAUUUGCAAGAAUAUGAAAAAAUGCUAGUGUGGGGACUUUACGGAAUAGAUGAAAUUGACUUUAGCAUGAGUAACCACAUUGUCUUCCCAGCCUAGGAAGAAGAAAUGUAUGCAAUUCAUCUCCAUAAUUAAGUAAAUUAUUAAAAAUUUGUAAAAGUUGUCAUUUCUAAAAUUAAACUGAGAUUCGGUGCGUAAAUUGUCAAAAAUGUGACAUCAUUCGCACAGCACGUGUAAAUGAUUCUCAGGAAAUUACUACAAAACACGUUAUUUGUCAAAUAGUCUAAUUGGUAAAUUAAUUAUUUACCUGCACCUUGACAUUCACUUCAUAAAUCAUACUCACACCCA